AUGUUCCCUAUGGAAAAAUUUGGGCUUGGUACGAAUAUAUGGACGAUUCCUUUCGAGCACAUAACAAUAGAAUUGGAGUUGCUUUACGUAGCAGAAGUUUGCUACAUGGCCGCAGAAGCCCUGACCCAGCUAUCAUUUGUCGCCUUCUACUUGCGCAUCUUCCCCACCGAACGGUUCCAAUUAGUCUGCUACUGCCUAAUGGGCCUGUCAAUAUGCUUUGGCAUUUCCAACACAUUUGUCAUGAUCUUUCAAUGCACGCCCGUCCCGUAUUUCUGGUCGGGGUGGACGGGCGAAUAUGCGGGAACCUGCAUCAACAUCAAUGGUUACUCUUGGUACAAAGCCGCGGUUCAGAUUGCGAUGGAUUUGGCUAUCAUCAGCCUUCCAAUUUGGCCUUUGAUCCACACAGCGUUGAACACAAAAAAGAAGAUCUUGGUCAUUUUGAUGUUCUGCACCGGUUUCUUAGUUACCAUAGUCAGUUGCCUAAGAUUACGAUCCCUGGUCGUAUUCUCAAAGUCAUCGAACACAACUUAUGCGAAUACCCCCGCAGUAUACUGGAGCGUCGUCGAAUGUGACGUUGCUAUAAUUUGCGCCUGCAUGCCUUGCCUCCCCUCUCUACUGAAGAACCUCUUCCCGUCGAUCUUCGGCCAACCAUCGUCUUACCACAACGAUGUCAGGCCACCGAAAUACAACGAGAACUCGGAAGGGUCCAUGCCUUUGGAUCAAAUUCACAAGGAGACUACUUGGCAGGUUAGUACUUCUCAGACUCAAUUGGUUCUUGAACCGGAUGAGGAACCGGUUUCUAGACAGCAAGUGUAG